AUGACAGUCCCAGAGAACCGAGGACAGAAGCGAGCGGCUAGUCUGCUCGGGUCUGAUCUCUAUGACCCACAGAAUGGGAACUCAGUCAAUGACUUUGUGUCGCAGAGAUUGGAGAGUAAACGUUUAAGAAUGACCCAAUAUGGGAGCGACAGUGAGGAAGAGAGUGGAAGUGGAAGUAGUGGUGAUAGUGGGAGUGAUAGUGGGAGUGACAGUGAAGGGAGUGGAGAUGAGGAAGAGGAAGAGGAUGGAUUCUCUAGUCCCGCUCAAGCAGGAAUCAUAGAGAGGAUCUCACUUAAAAACUUCAUGUGUCAUGACUCAUUUGAAUUAGAUUUGGGCCCACAAUUGAAUUUCAUUAUUGGUAGAAACGGGAGUGGUAAGAGUGCCAUUUUGACCGGGAUCUCGGUUGGACUUGGGGCCAAGGCCACAGACACUAGUAGAGGCUCGUCGAUCAAGCUGUUGAUUAAGGAUGGGAGGUCUACCACCAGGGUUAGUAUUACACUCAAGAAUGAAGGCCCAGAGGCAUACCAACCGGAGAUUUAUGGUAAGAAAAUUGUGGUGGAAAGGAAGUUUCAACGUCAGGGAACAAAUACAUAUUAUUUGAAGGAUGUCAAUGGGAAGACCAUUUCUAAUAAGAAGGCCCACUUGGAUGAAAUGCUAUACAAGUUUAAUAUCACUGUAGAUAACCCAUUGGCAUUCUUGUCACAGGACAAGGCACGAGAGUUUCUCACGGCCACCACCGAUAGAAUCAAACAUGAUUAUUUUAUGUCUGGAGCACUUAUCAAUGAUAUCUUGGAGAAUUACCGGGUGAUUUCGCAAAACAUUGUUGAAGUGCAGCUGAAAUUGAAGAUGGUUAGAACGGAUUUGGAGGUAGCAUUGAACAAAUAUGAAGAGUCAAGUAAAGUCUAUAACAAGUUCAAGAAGAGUGACAAUCUUCGAAGAGAAUUGGAGUUAAUCAAUGGGAAAAUGUAUUGGUUUAACGUUGAGAUUAUCGAGAAGAAAUGUGAAAGAUAUAUAGGGGAAUUGGAGGAGAAUAAACGAGAAGAAGAGGAGUUGAAGAGGAGACUUGAGGAGGUCAAGUUGAAAAGUGAAGGAUAUGAAAAUAAGAGGAAAGAAUUGGAAGAGUUGAAAGAACAAGAAGAAAAACAAUAUCAAGAAAGUUUGGAGACGGUAGGUCAAUUGAAAGAAGAAGUUAAACAAAUCAAAAAUGGAAUUGGAAUGAUUAAUGAAGAGAUCAAGACAUAUUUGGAAGAAAUUGAAGUACAAAAAGUUGAGAAACGGAAAUAUCGUCAUGAAUUGAAGAAGGAACAAGAGAAAAUUGAUGAGAUUAAUGGAGGUUCCAAGGAGAAAUUGAAUGAAAAAUUGAGAGAAUUACGAGGGGAACUUUCAAGAUUGGAAAGAGAAAAGGAAGUUGUAGUGGGGAAACUCCAGAAAAUGGUGAAUGAAAAGGAUGGAGGACAUGCGGUGAAAGAAGCAGCUCUGAAGAUGAAUGGAGUACAGGAAACGAUUGAACAAUUGAAAGAGAAGAGGAAGCAAUUGAUGUCAUUACAAAAGGAUAAAUAUAUUGCUUGGGGCCCUGGAAUCAAUGCCGUAUUGACGGAAAUCAAAAACCCGAAACAUGAUUGGCAUGAAGUGCCCGUGGGGCCAAUUGGAUCAUACAUCUCAGUCAAGAAACAAUUUGGAGAAUGGAAAGAUUUAUUAAAUGCAUCGUUUGGGAAAACGUUGGAUUCAUUUUUGGUUCAUGAUGAUCAUGAUCGAAGAAUCUUAGAAGGGAUAUUGAAAAGAAAUCGAAUGGUCAAGAAUAUAAUCACCAGAAGGUUUGAGAAAUUCAAUUUCGGCGGUGGGAAAGUUCAAGGUUACACCACUGUUUUGGAUGCGUUGGAGAUUGGGAACGAGAAUGUGUUGUAUACGUUGGUUGACACCAAUAACGUUGAACGGAAUGUUCUUGGAGAGAAAAGAGGAGACGUUCUGGAGAUCUUACGAACUGGAGGUGGCCAUUUAGUGAUGAAUGUGUUCACGUUGUUAGACCAAAGAUCUGGACAUAGAUCGAGUGAAAAUGGUGGAACGUUCCGGAUCGAUCCGAUUUUUUAUCGAUCCAAUGAACCACACAAGUUUUCAAGAGAAGUUGAAGGGGAUACCAAGGAAGAAUUGAAAGGAUUAGAAGUGGAAAUCAAUGAAGAAUUGAGCAAAGUAAAUGAAUUACAAAGAGAGUAUAGAAGAUUGAAAAUGAAUCAACAGAAUGAGAUCCAGGAAUUAGAACAAAAUCGUGGAGCUCUUGAUAAGCAGAUCCGGAAAUAUAACGAUGAAAUCUUUUCCAUUGAGAACAAAUUGGGAGAAGAUGGAGAUUUAUCAGUGUUGGAGACAUUGGAGGAGAAAAUUGGUGAAUGUGAUACUCAGAUAAGACAAAGAGAAGGGUUUAUUACCAGUUUAGAAGAAGAUCGGAAGGGAGAUGUAGUAAAGUUUAACGUUGCAAAGGAACGGUAUGUUGCUGGAAAGGAGGAUGUAGAGACGCGAGAGGCCAAGAUGAGAGGGGCUAAGCAGGCGUUGGAAGAGUUUGAAACUAACCAUGAAGUGUUAAUGACCGAGACUCUGAAGUUGAAGCAACUGAUGGAAAGAAGAUCACAAAAUAUCGUGAAUUUGGAAGGCAAACUUGUCAAGGGAAGAGAAGCACUUUCCAAGCAUAAAGGCGAAGCUGAGGCGAAAUGUUCACGUCUGGAUGUGACCAUUGAUGAGAAUGACACAGUUGAGUCGAUAACUCAAGAGUAUACGGUGGCACAAGAAGCGGUCAAGGAGAGUGAACGAUCCAUUGGACGCACUUACGAGGAGAUCCAACAGGAACUACUUGACAAUAAGAGGAGAAAGGACGAGUUAGAGGCCACUGCCAUGAACUUGGAUACGAUCUCCCGAUCACUUGAUGAUGAUUUGAACCAAAGAUUGAAAUAUUUACAAACCACAAUCCUUAAACUGAUCAGAGAAGCAUCGUCAUCGUUUGAACAAUCGCUUGCCCUUCGUGGGUUCAAGGGAGAACUCAAGUUUGGGUUCACAGAGAAGACAUUGACCAUGUUGGUGCAAACAAAGGGAGACUCGAAGAAACGUACGGUCGAGUCUCUUUCUGGGGGUGAGAAGUCUUUCACCCAGAUUGCGCUCUUGCUUGCCAUUUGGAAGGCCAUGAACUCCAAGAUCAGAGGAUUGGACGAGUUUGAUGUGUUCAUGGACUCGGUGAACCGUAGUAUCAGUAUCAAAUUGUUGUUGACGGAAUUGCGCAAGUAUCCAAAGUCACAGAGUAUUUUCAUCACUCCACAAGAUAUUGCUAUGGUUGGCGAUUUGGACAAUCUGGAUGUUAAGAUCCAUCGGAUGGACAAUCCAAGAGGAAUAUAGCGGAGGGUGAAGUUCACACGGUAAGUAGUAUGUAUAGAUUAGAAUAUAAUGACCCA